UCACUUCCGGCGCCGCCAUGUUGGGGAGGUCGGUGGGGCGACUGGCGGGGGUCGUGGCGCUGGUCACGGGGGGCGCCAGCGGCAUCGGCCGCGCCGUGAGCGGCCGCCUGGCCCGCGAGGGCGCGCGCGUGGCCGUGGCCGAUCGCGACAUGUCGGGGGCGGCGGCGACAGCGAAAGGGCUCCCCCGGAACUGCCCCCCCGACCACGGAACUUUCCAGGUGGAUGUGGCCGAUCCCAAAAGCGUCGCCGGGAUGGUGAGGGGGGUGCAGGAGCACUUUGGGGGUCCCCCCCGUGUCCUGGUGUCCUGUGCCGGGAUCACCCGCGACCGGAUGUUCCUGGAGAUGGGAGAGCGGGAAUUCCGGGAAGUGCUGGGGGUGAACCUGGAGGGGACGUUCCUGGUGACACAGGAGGUGACAAAGGCCUUGGUGACAUCGGGGGACCCCGAGGGGGCCUCCCUGGUCCUCGUGGGCAGCGUGGUGGCCAAGGUGGGGAAUUUGGGCCAAACCAACUACGCGGCCUCCAAGGGGGGGGUGGAGGGGCUGACCCGGAGCGUGGCCAAGGAGGUGGCCAGGUUUGGGAUCCGCUGCAAUUCCGUCCUGCCGGGAUUUAUCGUCACCCCCAUGACGGACAAAGUGCCCCCAAAAGUGCUGGACAAGUUCGCAGGGAUGGUGCCACUGGGACGACUGGGGGACCCUGAGGACGUGGCAGACGUGGUGGCUUUCCUGGCGUCGGGGGACAGCGGCUACGUCACCGGGGCCACCCUGGAGGUGACAGAUCUAACAACUAAAAGAAUUAGCAAAGGAUAUCCCACUGCUCUCCUUGGGACAACAGAAAGUGGCUCUGGAACGACCCCGGCACCCUCCGUCUGCCAAGGUGGGCAGGGCCUUACCAGGCCUCGCUCCCCAACCCGACAGACUCCACACAGGGAACGUGCACCUCCAAAGCUGGAAGGAAAGAGGGCAAAGGCCUCUCCUCCUUUCUUCUUAUAGCCCAGCUUAGGUAAAAAUGGUGGGGAAUAGCGGGGAAAUCUGGGCACUUCCUUGGUUACAGACUGGUCAUGAAGGAAGGCCCAGACUAAACUACCAGAGACAUCACAUCCCCCUCUGUGACAUCACAUCCUCCUCUGUGACAUCACAUCCCCCUCUGUGACAUCACAUCCCCCUCUGUGACAUCACAUCCUCCUCUGUGACAUCACAUCCCCCUCUGUGA